AUGGAGGCUGUGAUCGGACUGAUGGUGAUGAUACUCGGAGUCUCUCAUGCUCCUGUGUCCUCUGUCCGGCUGGACCCUGAGUGUCUGUCCCAGGGAGAGAUGAGGGUGUCCUGCUCCUCUGAGGGAGGGGACAGUCCUCAGUACAGCUGGACUCUGGAUGGACGCACACUGAGAGACGCUGAGCUCCUCUCAGGAAAUACUGAGACUAAGAGCAUCACUCUGAAACAACACGUCUCAGGACAACUGGUCUGCUCAGUCAGGAACGACGUCAGUAGAGUCUCAGAAGAAGAGAAGAUAUCUAACUGUGGCUUCAUAUUCAUUAACUGCACCUCAGACAAUGAGACGCAUUCACAGUGGGUGUUUGCAGCCAAUAAUACUCUCUGUGUUGAGACAACAACAACAACUCCCACAACGACAGAAACUGAUCACUCCCUGCUCAUAUGUGGUGUGCGAUCAGCUGUGGUGAUUCUUAUAUUAAUCGGGAUCACCGUCUAUUACGCUUGGAGGAAAAAGAAAAACAAGAUGGCCGAAGCCUCUGCUGUCCGUCGAAGGAUGUUAGAUCAAGAGAACUCUGUUGUGAUGGUUGAAGUGGGAAGUUCCUCAUAUGAGAACUUUAACGUUGUGAACACAACGUCUUAAUGAAGUCUGACGCCUUUCACAUGGUCACUUCACUAGUUUUUGACUUGGUGAAAGUGGGGCGGGUCCUUUACACUGAAUUAAUUCUAGAGAAAUGACUCUUGUUGUGAAGUGUUCAGGGCAGCGCUGCCUUAGGAAGCUGAUAAAGCACCGGAGGCCCACAGCUCCACAGCAGUUUAUCAUAAAGCAACAUGUGAUAUUGUGAAUGUGAAUGUGAUAAUAUUCAUAGUGCAACUUAUUUUGAUGCUAUUUAGAAAUGAAUGUACUGUACAUUUUUAAGAGUGUUGGUGAAUAGUGAAAACAAUUUAUCUCCAAAUGUGGUUUCAUUUUUAAUUUAGGAGUUCAUCGUUCUUUUAACGGUUGAAAACAUUCUUCCACUUUUUCAUGUCAAUCAGAUCUCUUAAAACUCACUGCAUUAUCUAAAAAUGAAUCACCACAACGCUAGAAACAGAUAUUUUAAUUAGAAGAGAAAAGUGUUUUUUGUUGUUGUUGUUAAACAAUUGUGUUUAUUGGAUAUUUUUUUUUUUUUUUUUUUUUUACAUUAGAAGAGAAAAGUUGAUGUUUUGGAGAUAAGUAGUUUUCACUUCUGUAUAGGUACUUGACUUAUUAGUGAUUUAUAUUUUAAAAACUGUAAUUUUGCAUUUAAAGCAUGUUUUAAUAUUGUGUAUUACAGUCCAAAGUAAUUUUACGUCACAAAAAGUACAGGCUUAUUCAUACAUAUGGUUAAAGUGUUUAUCUUUUAAUAGUGAAUUAUGUAAAUAAUUGUUUUUUUAAAGUAAUAAUUUCAAAUAUGUUUGUUUUGCUUCCAUGUAUUAAAAAAUCAAUAAUGUAAACUCUCUCAAAAC